GUUUGGGUGACGUCACAGACUGUUGAAUUAGGGUUGGUUGGGUUGUAAACACGGUGGGUUAGAGUAACUCUGAUUGACCAUACAAUAGUGUGUAAGAAGCUGGUAGCUGUGACAUCGUUCACCUUUUUUUAAUAGGACGAGUUAAAAUCAGUCAUCAUUUAGAAAGCAAGCCUUGGGGAUGGAAGUUGGAACGCACUUGUAGUCAGUCAACAUGGCAACCCACACUGGAAGUUUGUAAACAGAAGAUCCCGUUCACUCUGUACGAACGACGAUGACUAAAGGAUGGGUGUCUUUCCUGGCGCUCUGCUUGGCCAGCAUCGCUGUCUUAUAUCAAGUCGAAGUGGACAAAGACCGAUGGAUCGCUUCACAGUCGAUCACCCUCAAGGCGAAAUUGAGCGAUGCCUUCAGAUUUGUCACCACCUCCGACUACAUGAGCAAGUGGUUUCCAUUCGUGACCUCCGUUCGGGAAGUGGACGGAAAAGAUAUGGGCAUAGGCAAGAAAUAUCGGGCAAUCUACCAGCUCCCGGUGAUAGGUGAAUACGACAUGCUGUACCGAGUGGUAGAGUACAUUCCUCACAAGAUGCUGGCUGUGGAGAGUGAGUCAUGUCUGAGGCCUCGUAUAGAGUUCCACUUUGACAAUGUCAAGGAAAACGAAUGCAAGAUGAAAGUUCAGGUGCAUUUCAGACGACGAAGCUACCUCUUUCAGUACACCCUCGGACCCCUGCUGCAGUUCCUGGCUCGCCAGCAGCUGCAGCGCUCCCUGUUCCUGCUGCGGAUGGUGUUUCCGUACUGACACAAAUACAGCCGGCAAAGCUCCCAGAACCUCCCUGGUUCCCUGGUGCUCGGCUUGCCUCCGCAGAGCUUGCGGUAUUGAGCACCACAAACCCGCUGUUCCAAACAACGUCAGGACUCGCACGAAUGCAAGCUUAGUGGGUUCCUGCUGUGAGGAUUGAAUCACGCACGCUGCUGUGCGCAUCAACCAAGUGCACAGUCUGCUUCGCUACCAUGAUGUUCCAAGUUUCUCACCAUCUCAUCGAGGUGUAUGACACUUGUGACAGUCAUUCAAGCAAGAGACAGCAGUGAGAAGUUUCUGUGAUGUGUUUCCUCUGUUUGAACAAUGUUUUUUUGUUUUGUUUUUUUUAUUGCAAAGUAAGCAGUUUGUCAAGGAACUAGAGACUAAGCAUAUUGGAUGUGGUAUCCAGUUGUUUUUCUCUAUGCAUUCAUAUAUUUUGUGUUCGGCAGUACAAUUUGAGAGCGCAAAGCAUGCAUCCUUGUUCCAGCAAUGCUACAGCCUAGAAGCAGCCGAAAUUCGCAGAGAACUGCUCGCAAGUCACAAAUUCAUAUGCUUGGGGGGUAACACUGCAGUGAGGUGCAGGUGUAAGCAGCUGAGUUUAGAUGGUGCUCUGGUGACGCAAAUGUUUGUACAGGAGUUACAGCUAAACAGGAAUUAUAGCAUUACAUGCCUCACUGCACUAUAUCCCAUAGAAACAGCUGUUUGUGAUCAGUGCUAAAAUGUAGCUAUCUUUAAAGUGCUGCAUUGAGGCAGAAAUGGUUCAUGGGGAGCUAGUCAUUCUCUGGAAUGCAUAACUCGUGGCUCUAGUAACCUUUCCGAUCACCUUGCAUUGGUUGCCCUAGUUAUAUGCGAGGAACAGCAGUUUAAUGUUGCUGCAAAUACUGCUAGUACAUUCACAUUUUUCGUUCUUGGUUAAUAUCAAGAUGAGCCAAAUUUUUGCUGAAUCGGGGGAUUUCAGUCAGAAAUGAACAUGCUCAAUGGUCCUUGAUUUUGACUCAGACUGAUAAAAUAUUUUGUUAUCUGUGCUCCCUAUGCUCAGCAGACAAAGAUGUUUGGGAUUGAGUUUUUCUGCUGAUUUCGAUUGAUUAUUGUAUAGUUUCGAACUUAGGAACCUCGAGGUCAACCUGAAAUUGCCCGGAGAUGUCAAGCAGCUGAGGAAAAAGUCUGGACAUCUUUUGAGAAAAUCACUUAAGGACCCCUAAAAAGAAAAAAAAAAAAACUUUUUUAAACAGUGGUUGGGACACGCAUUGUCAAAAUUAAUUUUAUGAAAAAAAGAAAAGUUUUAGAGAAAUAUUGGCAGCGCGAGACACGAUUUAGUCGGUAGUCACCUCCUUCCCACUUGUUUUCUCUCGGCAUUUCGGGUGCGUGGAGGAGAGGUGGAUCGGCUUGGCCAUCACAUUGAGGCGGAGAAAGUGUAUGACCAUCUCGUUGAGGUGGAAAGAGUGCAUGGCCAUUCCGUGACGUCAUGGACUUUGCGCACUGAAGUUAAAAUAAAUCUUCCACCGUCAGUAUUGCUAUACUUAAAAAACCUUUGUUCGCGUAAAAUUUUUUGACAUGGGUGUCCCCACCAAACUGUUUAAAAAAAAGUUUAUUUUUUUUAUUUUUAGGGGCUGUUAAACCAUUUAGUUGGGAACCACUGUUUGCCAGUGGGUCAACCUGGAAUGUCAAUCAUUUGAAAAAAAAAAAAAGUAUAAAUUUUCUGAGAAUUUUAUUAAAGCCACUUUAUCCUGGAACUGUAUGAGAACAGGUUGACUCGAAGUCUGCUUCUAUUUGAGACACGAGCUGGGAUGAUCUGUACACCUUUUUCUUUCUUCUUUGUGAGAUAUUGGAACUUCCUUUAUACACAGCCAAGAACAACACAAAUGUCAAGUGAUGUUCAAAACAUGAAUUUUGAUUUAGACCAGUACAAGUCACUACUAUUCCCAAGCCUGAAAUGCCAUUAUUAUACUUGACUUUUAUGGGUGCUCUUGGUGGCUGUUUUUACCCAAAUUAGGUGUAAAAUUUCGCAAAACAUAUGAAAAAAAAAAAAAGAAAGCCUGGUAAAUUUUUUACCAUUGUAGAAUCGAGGAGCAUAAUUUUAGUGUUCACCCCAAGCUUGGUCACUAACUUUCCUGAGUGGACGAAUAAGCCAAUAUGAUUAAGACAUUAAUUCCAAACACCCUUCAUUAUUUGUAGGAUGCAAAAAAAAAGAGUGUCUGCCUGAA